AUGCCUAAUCUAACUGAGCAACCACCGAAGCAGCACAAUGUACUGAAAGUCGAGUGCAAUGGGGGUGGACGGUUGAAACUGGUGCACGAACAUGAAAGAUCCUGGGGAACCAAAGUCAACGGUAGCUUCACGGGACUGCUUGGAAUAAUUACGCGGGAGGAAGCUGAUGUUUUCGUGGGACCCGUGCAAGCAACGCUUGAGAGGAUCAGUGGCGGAGACAUGACACCCGCGUACUUGCACACAGACCUACGUCUCAUGACGAAGAAACCCUUGAAAUACGUAGAUCCUUUUAGCUUCGCAAGGUCACUCAACGUCGAUGUGUGGGUCAUCCUGUUAGUAGCACUGAUACUGGUGGCAGCGUUCUUGACAAUACUGCAAGUAUCAAUCACCGAAAGACAGGGAGGAUUGCGCAUGAGAUCUAGGUUCGGUGCUAACGUUUGGCUCUGCUACACAUGCUUCUUUGCAUCCUGUGGACGACCGCAGAAUUUCAAGGUCCGGGAACGUUUCUUGUUAGGGAGCUGGAGUCUGGCAGUCGUGGUGGUUGGAAGUACCCUGAGCAGCCGGCUAGUGAGCACGAUGCUCGUGAAGAAUACGGAAGAUCACGUUGAGGAGCUCGAAGAUGUUUUGCGAUUUCCCAAUUUGAAGAUACUCGUUCAGAAAAACACAAGGUUCGAGGAAUUUGUCACGAAGCCACAAACACGGCUAUUUCGUGAACUGCGAAAGCGACUGGAAGCCAUGGAAGACUCUAUCAGGCCUGGACCCCAACAAGAUGCCUUCUUUGACAAAGCAGAGCAAGGCAGUCACGUUAUUAUACACGAAACCUUCUUUCAAGAUGCUGCUCUGGCACAGCGGUAUUCCCGCAGAGGACACUGCAGUUUUCGCAAACCGCCGCCUGUAUUGGCCUUGCAGCCUGUGGGCAUGCUACUGCGGAAAACACUGGACGAAUCCAUCAAGAAAACCAUCGCAAUGCAGUGCCGCAGAAUGGCUGAAAUGCAGUUACAACGUCGUCCUAUGGAACCCUUCAUCGUGAAUGCAUCCAAGUGCUACCAGGAAGAUGCGGGGUCCGUCUACGCGUUCCGGCUGGACGAGCUACAAGGCGCCUUUCUCCUGUGGACCCUUGGAAGCCUAGCUGCAAUUUUUGUUUUAUGCGCGGAGUUGUCUAUUUACGCUGCAAGAAAAUCCAUACUGUCUCGGAAAACCUCACAUGUAAAGACCCUUGAGAGCAAACGUGCUGCCAUGCACAGCAGUGGACUGUAAGAGAUAUAUACCCUUAUGCGGCCCUUAUAUAUACCCUCAUUUCAAAUAAGCGCCUCCUGUUCGUGGUAGGUACAACAAAAGACUCUCGGUGGUGUGUUUUAGGUCAUUAUUUGCUCUCGUUCCUUAUUCAAAGUGCACCCAAGUGACUAUACAAGUGGCGUUCCCCUCUCGUUUCGGGAGUGUGAAGCUUACGGCCGUGUCAUUAAACGAUCUUCGA